AUGCAGAAUAUUAAAAUCGAAGCCACCAAAAAAUAUAUCGUCGACAAUCUGAUGAAAGAACGUGGAUAUGAAGUUUUGUGUGUGCCUUACGUAGCGAGACCCUAUCACUGGGAUCUAUAUCCUAUAGAAUGUAUAUGGAAUUUGGUUAAACAAAGGGUGGCGGACAAAAACAUCAUCCAGUCAAAGAAGGAAAUUGAAAAACUGACCUUCGGAUUGAAAAAAGAAAUUAAUCACGUCGAAAGACUCGAGCAAAAUUACUGGGAUAGCGACCAUCUCGAAGAGCGUAAUCAACGGGAAAUAAUAAUAUCCCUAGGAGGAGAAAAUAGUUCGGAUUCAGACAGCGAAAGCAAAACGAUGUCAGUCACCGAUAAGUCAUAG